CACACACAUACACACACACACACAUACACACACAGACAGUCUGUCGGGCUCAUGCACUGAGAAAAUCAGAGAACACACAGGAAGGAAAGAAGGAAGGAGUGCUUCACUCUGUCUCUCUCUCUCAGGUAGACAGGUAGACAGACAUAGGGACAGUGAGCGGUGAGGGAAGAGUGAGAUAUAGUAAAAAAGAACCACAGACAGACAGAAGAGAGAGAGGGAGAGAGACAGAGAGAGAGGGAGAGACAGGUGAGUCUGUCUCUCUCUCUCGGCCAAAGCGAUUGUCACACUGGCCUCUGGAACAGCGAUGGCCUUCACCUUUGCCGCCUUCUGCUAUAUGCUCACGCUCGUCCUAUGUGCUGCACUUAUCUUCUUUGUCAUCUGGCAGAUCAUUGCUUUUGAUGAACUGAGAACUGACUUUAAAAACCCCAUCGACCAGAGCAACCCAACCAGAGCGAGAGAGAGAAUCCUGAACAUCGAGAGAAUCUGUAACUUGCUCAGGAGGUUGGUGGUUCCUGAAUAUUCUAUCCAUGGGUUGUUCUGUCUGAUGUUCCUGUGUGCUGGUGAGUGGGUCACACUUGGUCUCAACGUCCCUCUGCUCUUCUACCACAUGUGGAGGUUUUUCCAUCGGCCGGCUGACGGCUCUGAGGUGAUGUAUGACCCCGUCAGUGUAAUGAACGCAGAUAUUCUUAAUUACUGCCAAAAAGAGUCAUGGUGCAAACUGGGCUUCUACCUGCUCUCCUUCUUUUACUACCUGUACAGCAUGGUUUAUGCUCUGGUCAGCUUCUGAUUGAUGAAGAACUGACAAAAGGAGGAAAAAACUAGAAAGAAAAAAAGAAAGAAAGAAACUGCAAUGUUCCAUCCUUCUACUCCUCAGCCAACAACAGAAAUGCCCGGAGACCCGCUGAGAUGCUGGGAGAGAGAGAGGGAGAGAAAGGGAGAAGCUCGAGCAGCAGUGAUGUUUCAUUCUCGAGUAUUUAUUUCUUUAAGGGCUGCUGAACAUUUCUGCUGCUCAGAGCGACACGGCGAAUCACCUCCACUGCGAUGAGACAUGAUCAUCACUGGUGAUCAUCUUCUGAUCUACAGACUCCAGAUUCGACGCCAUACAAUAUCGAUUUUCAUUUGCGGAAAGACUUUUGUGUAAAUGACCUCUGUUUAGUUCUAAAGUGUUAGGUUAGUGAUGAAGCUUUCACUGUUUUAGUCCAGUGGUAGAUUCUAUUUACUUUAAGAAAUAUAUCCAUUUUAUUCUAGCACUCAGUUGUUGUAUCUCAAACCAGGGUAGAAACUACUCGUGUCCUUACACUAAGACAAAACUGCACAUUUUAUAUUUAUACGACUGAACAGCGAAGGCGAUGUUUACACUGAGCAACCAAUGAAACGAGAAAAUUAUCCAGGCCGGGAAAACUGUUCAGAUAUCUGUGGGAGAGACUCUAUUUAAGGAGAGACUGGAAUCAUUCUGAGAAUCGGUGUAAAUACACACACACACACACACACACACACACACACACACACACACACACACACACACACACACACACACACACACACACUGCUGUCAGCCUUAUAGAGAAAAGCCAACGCCUCCGUAUCACUGUGGAGACGCAGCAGGUCCUCUGAGAUGAAGUAAGACCUUUUGGUGACAUUUCCUUCUGGACUGCGAUGGAAUGAGAGACAUGAAAGAGAGUUAGAUUUAAACCGGAACAGACUGAGACAAAGUGAAAAAGUAAAACAGAACAGUGAGUAAGUGGAAACAGAAGGUAGAGUGAGACAGGAAGAGACAGAGUGAGACAUUCAGCACAUUUUUUUCCCCAUGUUCUGAGACUAGCUGAGAGAUAAAGCGAGAAACCUGGAACACUGUGGUGCCAACUAAGAAGGACAGAAUGUGAUGACACUGUAUUAUUGAAACACACUGCAACCGAAGGAGGAAGAGUGACAGAGAAGGACAGAUGGACUAAGACAUACCAGGACACUUGGAGUGAGACAGUGUGAGAUAAACCAAGAGACUGAAAGAGGCUGAGACGGAGUGAGACAGGUUGAGGCGGAGUGAGACAAGCUGAAGUGGAGUAAGACAAGCUGAGGUGGAGUGAGACAGGCUGACGUGGAGUGAGACAGGCAGAGGCAGACUGAGACAGGCUGAGGCAGAGUGAGACAGGUUGAGGUGCCGUGAGACAGGCUGAGACAAGAGAGACAGGUUGAGGUGGAGUGAGACAGGUUGAGGUGGAGUGAGACAGGUGGAGACGAAUGAGGCAGGCUGAGAUGGAGUGAGACAGUCUGAGGCAGAGUGAGACACGCUGAUAUGAGUGACAUAGGCUGAGACGAAGUGAGACGAGUGAGACAGGCUGAGACGGAGUGAGACAGGCUGCGGCAGAGUUAGAGAGGAUGAGACAAGCUGAGGCAGAGUGAGACUGUAAUGAAUAAGAGAGUGAGACAGAUGCUGCUGAGGCUAAUUUAAAGGAAUGGAAUAAUGAGCAAUGUCCUAACCCUAGAUUUCAUUCCUCCUCUAGAGUCAAGGCUCUGUGCCAAACUGAUAAGUCUUUUUAAUUAACUGGCUAGCAGGACUAGCUAAUCAUAGAAUCCCUUCUAAAAGUGUACUCUUUACUAGUGACUCUUUUUUAUGCCGGUUCUCAACACUGUCCCAAACUUCACUUUCUAAUGAAUACACUUUCUAGUAAAGAUAACACACACACAAAUAUAUAUAUAUAUAUAUAUAUAUAUAUAUAUAUAUAUAUAUAUAUAUAUAUAUAUAUAUAUAUAUAUAUAUAUAUUCUAAUUCUAAUAAAGACCUGCUCUAAUUAACAACGUUAGUGCAGACUGCAGCUAGCAGCAGUUCUAAUAAGACGAUUUUAUCACACAGUGAUGUUUGGGACACAGUUCAGGUCAGUUUAUUGUGAUGAUGAUGAAUGGUUGAUGUCAGAGCUGCUGAUGACACUGUUACUGAUGAUGAUGAUGAUGAUGUGUUAUUUGCUCAUUUCUCAACCCUACAUUUUUGUAUUUUAACUUCCUGUGUAAACAAGACUGUGUGGACUGUGUUCUAAAAACACUAUACUGCUGUAGGAAAUCUGUGUGUGUGUGUGUGUGUGUAUGUGUGUGUGUGUGUGUGUGUGUAUGUGUGUGAGACCUGAGUUGGGUGUUUUGUCCUCUUCAUGUCCCUUGACAAUCGAACACAAACUAAGGGAAGAAAGAUGAACAGGAUCAUUAUGACAUCAUCACUGACAGUCUCACAGCGCUGUUCACGACACACGGGAAUUACAGUAAAGACGAGUUUCUGACUUACAUUUCAAUAGAACCUGGAACUUUCUAGCAUCACGUCACUGUUAAAAAAAAAAGUGUGGGGGUUAAACUCGCACCUUCCUGUCAUCCUCACCUGAUGGCUUCAUCAUCCAUAGUGUAGUGCACUUUAGCUUUUUAGCGUGUAGCAUAUAUAUAUAUAUAUAUAUAUAUAUAUAUAUAUAUAUAUAUAUAUAUAUAUAAACCAUCACCGUGGUCAGUGUGUCUUUGGUGUUGGGUGUGUUGCCAUGGCAACACUAAUAUUUUCUUUCCUAGGUGGAGGGGAUGAAGUGCUCAGAGUGUCGUGUUUGCUGUAAUUCCACACUAAGUGAACGUGAACAUGAUGUAUUUAGGAAUAAUAAUUGUCUUUUAUACUCACUAUGUAUCUCAUAAGUGUGAAACUCAAAGCAAUUCUUCAUAUUCAAUAAAUUUUAUUCUUUCCUCAAA